CGGCCAAUCACGGCCGGGAUAACCCCCGGAAGGGACUCGAGGCCGGGUUCAGCGUGUCUGCGGACUGGGCUAGGGUCGGAGAGGGACGCGGCAGGCGGCGGGAUGUCCUGGUCCGGCCUUCUCCGUGGCCUCAACACGUUCCUAAGUUAUGGCCUCGCCCUGGCCCCCCGGCUCCAGGCCGCCCGCCCCAUGGCCACCUUGAACCAGAUGCACCGCAAGGGGCCUCCGAAGCGGCCGCCCCCGACUCUGGGCCCCACGGAGGGCCGGCCGCAGCUGAAGGGCGUGGUCCUGCGCACGUUCAUCCGCAAGCCCAAGAAGCCCAACUCGGCCAACCGCAAGUGCUGCCGGGUGCGGCUCAGCACGGGCCGCGAGGCCGUCUGCUUCAUCCCCGGCGAGGGCCACAGCCUGCAGGAGCACCACGUCGUGCUGGUGCAGGGCGGCCGCACCCAGGACCUGCCCGGCGUCAAGCUCACCGUCGUGCGCGGCAAGUACGACUGCGGCCACGUGCAGAAGAAGAAGUGACGGCUGGGGCGCGGGCUGGCCUUCAUGCAGAGCCAGAACCUGCCUGUCUGGGCUCCUGCAGGACCCUGGGGAGCUGGGCCAGCUCUGAAGGCAGCUGGUCCUGGGUUCGAAUCCUGGGCCCACCUCUUCCCUCGAAACCACCGUUAGCCCAUAGGGGUCCUGGGUGUGGAUUGGAAAAAGGCGCUUCUGCCAACACGCUUGGCUUCCAUGGAUGAGUGUUGGCGCCAGAGACCUUUCCUGCUGGGACAGGACACGGCACUGCCACCUGCUGGGAAGGACUUGCAAUAAACACAGACCCCCCCACGGUUGUUAUAAACCCGUUCUGGUAGUGUUCGCCCUCUGUGUGGUCUCGGCAACUGACAGCCCCUCUGGGCCUCAGUUUCCUCCUCCAGGAAGUAGUUCUGCCCGGUGCAUGCCCUGGGUUGGGUUUGGUGAAGAUGAAGAUAGAUGCUCUGUGUGCAUACACGUGCAGGUGGCGGCUGUUCUGUGCAGCAGGCGCGCAGCCCUGAGGCCCAGUUCCCCUGCCUGCAGGCCGAGGGCCAGGCAAGGAGGCGCCGCCGUCCAGCAUCCUCGGCUGAAAAGUGGCCGUAACUGUAACGUUGGCGACAAGCGGGUGUUGAAAGGAUCGAGUGGGGUGCCCUGCUCUUCUGUUAUUCUGACUCACCUGCCCGUGGGUUCACAUCCUGCCUCCACCUCUUCAUUGUUCUGGGACAUUGAGUAUAUUUGUUGCCCCUCUGGGCCUCAGUUUCCUCCCUUGGCAAGUGGCGCUGAGCGUAAUACUGACCUC